ACUGACAGGGUGGCAGCCUCGGAGCGGACGCCUUGCCGCCGCCGCUGCUCCUCCUCCUCCUCCUGCAGCUCCUCUCGCUGCCGCCGCCGCCACCACCACCACCACCACCGCCGCUGCCGCCGCUGCCGGGAGAAGUUUCACUCCCGACCCUCGCUCGGAGCCCCAGCCCAGAGUGGAGUGGGAGCCCGGCCGGCAGCUGCAGCCCGCGGCAGUCAAGGCGUUCUGGGCGCUCCGACCUCCAGCCGGCGUCGGCGCCUAGGCGGGGGGCUGCGGCCGGUGCUGGGGGCGCAAAGGCAGAGGAGGGGCGGGUGUGAGCCAGGAGACCCGCGUGUGGCGCCGCGGCCGCCCAGAAAGCGUCCGCGCCGGGGGCAGCCGCGAUGGCCGUGCGCUCCCGCCGCCCGUGGAUGAGCGUGGCAUUAGGGCUGGUGCUGGGCUUCACCGCCGCGUCCUGGCUCAUCGCCCCUAGGGUGGCGGAACUGAGCGAGAGGAAGAGACGCGGCUCCAGCCUCUGCUCCUACUACGGUCGCUCCGCCGCUGGCCCCGGCGCCGGCGCUCAGCAGCCGCUCCCCCAGCCCCAGUCCCGGCCGCGGCAGGAGCAGUCGCCGCCCCCCGCGCGCCUGGAGCUCCAGGGGCCACCGCUGCCCGAGGCAGCGCCCGGGAUCACCAAUUUUCGAAGCAGCCCCUGGCAGCAGCCACCUCCGCUGCAGCAGCGGCAGCGAGGACGCGAUCCUGAGGGCGCGACGGGGCUUCCCGGUGCUCCAGCGGCCAAGGGGGAACCCGUGGAGGAGGACGGGGGCGCGGCUGGGCAGCGGAGAGGCGGCCGGCCGGGGAGUAGCCACAACGGCAGCGGGGACGGGGGCGCUGCCGCCCCGAGCGCCAGACCCCGGGACUUCCUGUACGUGGGGGUGAUGACCGCGCAGAAGUACCUGGGCAGCCGUGCGCUGGCCGCGCAGCGGACCUGGGCGCGUUUCAUCCCUGGCCGCGUGGAGUUCUUUUCCAGCCAGCAGCCCCCCAACGCCGGCCAGCCCCCGCCACCCCUGCCUGUCAUCGCGCUUCCGGGGGUGGACGACUCCUAUCCGCCCCAGAAAAAGUCCUUCAUGAUGAUCAAGUACAUGCACGACCACUACCUGGACAAGUAUGAGUGGUUCAUGCGCGCCGACGACGAUGUCUACAUCAAAGGUGAUAAAUUAGAAGAGUUUCUUAGAUCACUGAACAGCAGUAAGCCUCUCUACCUGGGACAGACUGGCCUGGGGAAUAUUGAAGAGCUUGGAAAGCUGGGACUGGAGCCUGGGGAGAACUUCUGUAUGGGAGGACCUGGCAUGAUCUUUAGCCGAGAAGUUCUCAGGAGGAUGGUGCCACAUAUUGGUGAAUGCCUUCGAGAAAUGUACACAACUCACGAGGAUGUGGAAGUAGGAAGAUGCGUUCGCCGUUUUGGUGGGACUCAAUGUGUCUGGUCCUAUGAGAUGCAACAACUGUUCCAUGAAAAUUAUGAACACAAUCGGAAAGGUUACAUCCAAGAUCUUCACAAUAGCAAAAUCCAUGCAGCCAUAACACUUCAUCCCAACAAAAAGCCUGCGUACCAAUACAGGCUGCAUAAUUACAUGCUCAGCCGCAAAAUUUCUGAGCUUCGCUACCGCACCAUUCAGCUCCACAGGGAGAGUGCCCUGAUGAGCAAGCUCAGUAACACAGCAGUGAGCAAAGAGGACCAGCAGCUAGGAGUAAUACCUUCUUUCAACCACUUCCAGCCUCGGGAGAGAAAUGAAGUGAUAGAAUGGGAGUUCCUCACAGGGAAGCUCCUUUACUCAGCAGCUGAGAACCAGUCCCCUCGACAGAGCAUCAGUAGCAUUUUAAGAACAGCACUGGAUGACACCAUCCUACAGGUGAUGGAGAUGAUCAAUGAGAAUGCCAAGAGCAGAGGACGGCUUAUUGACUUCAAGGAAAUUCAGUAUGGCUACCGCAGAGUUAACCCCAUGCAUGGGGUGGAGUACAUUUUGGAUUUACUCCUUUUAUACAAAAGACACAAGGGAAGGAAAUUGACUGUGCCAGUGAGACGUCAUGCCUAUCUUCAGCAGUUGUUCAGCAAGCCUUUCUUCAGAGAAACUGAAGAGCUAGAUGUCAACAGUCUUGUGGAGAGUAUUAAUAGUGAAACUCAGUCAUUCUCAUUUAUAUCUAAUUCUUUAAAGAUAUUAUCUUCUUUUCAAGGUGCCAAAGAAAUGGGAGGGCACAAUGAAAAGAAAAUACACAUUCUUGUCCCUCUCAUUGGAAGGUAUGACAUUUUCUUGAGAUUCAUGGAGAAUUUUGAAAACAUGUGUCUUAUCCCAAAGCAGAAUGUAAAGUUGGUCAUUAUCCUUUUCAGUAGGGAUUCUGGCCAAGAUUCCAGCGAGCAUAUUGAGCUGAUAAAAGGAUACCAGAACAAGUACCCCAAAGCAGAAAUGACCCUGAUCCCAAUGAAGGGAGAGUUUUCCAGAGGUCUUGGUCUUGAAAUGGCUUCUGCCCAGUUUGACAAUGACACUUUGCUGCUAUUUUGUGAUGUUGACUUGAUCUUCAGAGGAGACUUUCUCCAACGAUGUAGAGAUAAUACAAUUCAGGGACAACAGGUGUACUAUCCCAUCAUCUUUAGCCAGUAUGACCCAAAGGUAGCAAAUGGGGGAAAUCCUCUCACUGAUGAUUACUUUGUAUUCUCAAAAAAGACUGGAUUUUGGAGAGACUAUGGAUACGGAAUCACCUGUAUUUACAAAAGUGAUCUUCUGGGUGCAGGUGGAUUUGAUACCUCAAUACAAGGCUGGGGACUAGAAGAUGUAGAUCUCUACAAUAAAGUCAUUCUAUCUGGCUUAAGGCCCUUCAGAAGUCAAGAAGUAGGAGUGGUGCAUAUUUUCCAUCCAGUUCAUUGUGAUCCUAACUUGGACCCUAAGCAGUAUAAGAUGUGCUUAGGAUCCAAGGCAAGUACUUUUGCCUCAACCAUGCAACUGGCUGAACUCUGGUUAGAAAAACAUUUGGGUGUCAGGUACAAUCGAACUCUCUCCUGACAGUGCAGGCAAAACAUUUUGCCUUUUUAAAGGGGAGUUUACCUCAUUGUCUGUUGUUAUUAUUUUUAUUUUAAUAUUGUUAUUUUUAUUAUUAUUAUUGUUGUAAUUUUAUUUUGUUGUCCUGGUCUUAAACUACUCUUGGUUGUCUUCCAAAGGGUGUUUGUUGACCUCAAGCAAGAAGAGUCUGCAGUUCACUGAUGUUUCAGAUUUCUACUGAAGUCAAUAUGUGUUAUUACUUUUAUAUAUCUUUAUUUGAGAUUGAGUUAAAUCAUGGCAAUCAAAUGACUUUUGAAGCUCAUUCAUCACAAGAGACACCUCUGAAGAGUGUUCUCUUGGGGCUUAAAGAUGCAAUAUAGACUUUUAUUUGGUUUCUCAAAUUCAAUGUGAUACAAAUAUUUACUGGUGAAAGGUACCACAAAAGUGCUUUAUGCUUCCUAUGGGGAAGGGACUCUGUAACAUAAACUUGAGUUUUGUAAUUUAUACAAGGACUUAAAUAUAUAGACAAUAAUUUUCUUCAUCUUUAGAGUUUUUAAAGUAAAUGAACACCUAUGAUUGUAUGUUUAUUUUUUAAAAAAAAGUUUUAAAAAUUGAGGAGUUUUGUUCCACAAGCAACCGGUACUGGCUACCCUGGUCUUACGACAACUAUGAGCUCCUCACAACUGUCUGCUAUAAAUGCGAAUGAACUUUAUUUUCUCAAGGAAAUAUGAUUUAAUUAAAUAUUCAUGUACAUUUUAGAAGCUUUAUGAAACAAUGUCCUUCAUUUGCUGGCAAGAAGAUAAAAUAUGACAGAACCUGUUUAUUUAUAAUAAAACACAGGUAUAGCAGUAUUCUUUUUCAAAAACACUGAAAAGGUUUUGUUGGUUCCUUUUAGUCAUACUUGAUAUGUUUCUGUUCAUAUUCACCAAAACAUGCUUGCUGAGCAGGCUUGAAAAGUUAACAAGGGAUUAUGGUAUGUUGUUUGUAUUAUUAUACUGGAAACCCUAGCCUUCAUAAGUGAUUAAAAUGAGCAAUUUCUUUACUCAAUAAUUUACAAUCUGGGAGAAGCAUCCUUCCUCAAUCUCUUCAGCUUUGGGAUCAAGCUGACCCAAGAACAGUUCGAAAAUUGCCUUUAAUAUGGGUUGGAAGGUAUCUCAAAAGUCUCUGAAGAAAAUAUGAAUAUAACAUCAACUUUACAAUUAUUAAAAACACUUCAGGAAAUCUCA